AUGAAGCAAAAGGUGGUGAUCAAGGUGAGCAUGCCGUGCGAGAGGAGCCGAUCCAGAGCCAUGGCGCUGGUCGCCAGGGCACACGGGGUGCUCUCCAUGGAGAUCACCGGCGGCGACGCCAGGGACAAGCUGGAGGUGGUCGGCGACGGCGUUGACGCGGCCCGCCUCGUCAGCUGCCUGCGCAGGAAGCUCGGCCACGCCGAGAUCCUGCUGGUGGAGGAGGUGAAGGACAAGAUGGCGGAGGAGCCGGAAGAGCCGACGGUGCAGCACGAGGCCGCCGUGGAGCCGCCGCCUCGAUGCUACCACAGUUGCCACGACUGCCACCACCACCACCACCCGCCGCCGAUGGUCGUCUGCGAGGAGCCCAGCAACUGCCCCAUCAUGUAA